AUGUCCUCUUUCUUCGACACCUCUCGCCUGCACGACAAAGUCGUCGUAAUCACAGGCGCUUCCGGAGGAAUCGGUCGCAGCACUGCUCUCCUCUUCUCACGCCUCGGCGCGAAUGUCAUUCUUGCCGCUCGUCGUCAGGACGCUCUAGAGUCUGCAGCCAAGGAGUGCGUGCAGGCGAACAAGGAAGGUGGUUCGGGUAAAGGAGGCAAGGUACACACUGCCGUUGUGGACGUGAGGAAGAGGGGCGAUAUCGAGGGACUCAAGGCUGGUCUACCUGACUGGGCCAAGAACGUGGACAUCUUGGUCAACAAUGCGGGGCUUGUGCUGGGAGUGGACAAGGUUGGAGAAAUCGACGCUGAUGAGAUCGAUGUGAUGGUCCAGACCAACGUGGUGGGGCUCAUCCACCUCACACAAACAUUCCUCCGCGACAUGAAGGCCCGCAACAGUGGGCACAUCAUCAUGCUCGGUUCCAUUGCUGGUCGUGAGGGUUAUGCAGGCGGGUCCAUCUACACGUGCACAAAGGCGGCCGUCCGCUCCUUUACUCAAGCGAUGCAGAAGGAGCUCGUCGAGACCAAUGUGCGCGUCAGCGAGGUGCAGCCGGGUAUGGUCGAGACGGACUUUUCCGUGACGAGGUUCAGGGGGGAUGAGUCAAAGGCCAAAGACGUGUACAAGGGGAUCCAGCCCUUGACGGGCGAGGACAUCGCGGAGGAUAUUGUGUGGAUUGCCAACAGGAAGCCGCACGUCAAUGUUGCCGAGACGCUCAUCUUCCCCGUGGGGCAGGCAAGUGCCUUUGUGCGCAAGGCCAAGUCAGCGUCAACGUCGAAUCUCCUCCCCAAGCGGGACUCACCCGCCCACAACUCCGUAGCCGACUUUGUGCGCUCCUCGAACCCGGCAGCACGCUUCACGCUCGAAGGCGAACCAGACGGUCAGGAGGCGCGAUUGUGCAGAGUAGUGCCCCCACCGCCCGGUCAGGCGAGGGCAAUGGGUGGGGCGCCGGGCAUUGCAGGUAUGCCGGCUCAGCCACCGCCGAAUAGUGGCGACUGCAUCAAUGUGGCCAUGGAAGUCAAGGACCUCUUCGCUACUAUGCAAGGACUCGGCUUCUUCUGCCAGCUGCCGCAUGAUCCAAAAGCUACCCCGCACAUUCGAUGCGAGCGCAUUCCGCAGUAG